GGGUUAAAUAAAUGUCAAUACAAGUUAUUGAUGUGAGCCAAAAUGUGGCCAAGAAUUCUUAGAUUAAUUUAGCUUUUACUUGUUAGUAAGCACUGUGUUGUAGUUUCACCAUAAAUGUAUUCUGUAGAAGGUAAUGUCCGCUAGUAAUUUUAUUGAGUUGAAUAAAUUAUUAUCAAGACAGAGUUACUUAGGUGGUUGGAACCCUACUGCACAAGAUUACAAAGUUUUAUCUGAACUGCCAUCUCAGUUGCCAGCAGAACUAAUUCAUCUAAAAAGGUGGAAAACUCAUCUUACAGUUUCAGAAACAUUAAAAAAUAAGUUCCCCACAAAAUUAUCAGGCACAUCAUCAAAAAUGCCGACUCAACAACAUUUAUCACCAGAGGAAAAGAAGUCACUCAUCACCAGAAAUUUGCAGGAGGUCUUAGGAGAAGACAAAAUGACAGAAAUUCUACAAACACGAGAUUUAAAGGUUUACUGGGGUACAGCUACUACAGGGAAACCCCAUGUUGCAUAUUUUGUACCUAUGUCAAAAAUUGGGGACUUUCUUAAAGCAGGUUGUGAGGUGACAAUCUUGUUAGCAGACUUGCAUGCUUAUUUAGACAACAUGAAAGCACCCUGGGAUUUACUGGUUCUUAGAUCCAAGUAUUACGAGCAUGUAAUAAAAGCCAUGCUACGCUCCAUUGGUGUUCCCUUGGAAAAACUGAAGUUCGUGCAAGGUACAGACUACCAACUAAGCCGAGAAUAUACUUUGGACGUUUACAGACUUUCUUCUGUUGUAACCGAGCAUGACGCUAAAAAAGCUGGCGCUGAAGUUGUUAAACAAGUUGAACAUCCGUUGCUUAGUGGUUUGCUCUACCCUGGAUUGCAGGCUUUAGAUGAAGAAUAUUUAAAAGUGGACGCACAGUUUGGUGGUGUUGACCAACGCAAGAUAUUCACAUUUGCUGAAAAGGCAAUGCCAGCUUUGGGUUAUACGAAGCGAAUCCAUCUUAUGAACCCCAUGGUCCCUGGUCUUACUGGGACCAAGAUGAGUUCUUCUGUUGAGGAAUCUAAAAUUGAUCUCCUCGAUGACCCAGCCGCUGUUAAAAGAAAGUUGAAAAAGGCUUUCUGUGAGCCAGGAAAUGUAGAAAACAAUGGAGUUCUUUCAUUUGUAAAGUCUGUAGUCUUCCCAAUACUUGGAGAGAUUGAGAUUGUACGUAAAGAGGAAUACGGUGGAAAUGUCAAUUACACCGAAUAUGAGAAAUUAGUGGAUGAUUUUGCAAAAGAGGCAGUCCACCCUGGUGACUUGAAAGCAUCGGUAGUUGUGAUAAUAAACAAACUGCUUCAACCAAUUCAAGAAGAAUUUAAAAACCCAGAACUUAUCAAAUUAACCAAAGAAGCCUACCCACCUCCACAGAAAACUAAAACCAAACCCUCCUCAAAGUCAAAAUCCACCCCAACCCCGAACACUGAUGAGCUAAACCCUAACAGAUUGGAUUUGAGGGUUGGACAAAUUAUUAAAGCAGAGAAACAUCCAGAUGCUGACUCCCUUUAUCUUGAAACGAUUGACUUUGGUGAAGAAAGUGGUCCACGAACUGUCGUGUCAGGAUUAGCUGGUCUUGUACCACUAGAGGCACUACAGGGCAGAUUGAUUAUCGGCUUAUGUAACUUGAAGCCGCAAAAAAUGAGGGGAAUUGAAUCGCAAGCUAUGCUGCUAUGUGCAAGUAUUAAGUCUGAAACAAGCAAAGAAGUAGAACCACUUGACCCACCAGCAGGUUCCACUGCAGGUGACAAAGUAUUUAUUGAGGGGGUGAAUCAAGUCACACCAGAUGAAAGGUUGAACCCAAAGAAAAAAGUUUGGGAAAAACUUCAGGUUGAUUUAUUAGUCACUAAAGAAGGAAUUGCAACGUGGCAAGGGAAGAAUAUUGUUACGUCAAAAGGGUCAAUAACAGCGGCAAAUUUACGUGGUUCUAGUAUUAGUUAAUUGUGGGAUAACUAUCCUGUUUUGGUCUCGGUAGUGUGUUUGUGUUUUAUCUGGUGAAGAAAUGUUUGCGGUUGGAUUUGUAGAAGAAUUGGUUCAAUAAAAAGUGCAAUUACACAU